GUGAGGGGAAGGUGGGCUCGAGUCGGUCCGGAGACAACCCCGACUCUCAACCAGACCUUGUAAGGGCCAGCCGGCCAUCGCUGCCUCCACUCACGGACACGGAUCAGGGACGGAAUGGACUUCGGAAAAGCAUACAAAGAGCUCAGGGCCUGGCGGAUGGGCUGCGGGUCAGUAGAAUCAAUGGUCCCAGCUGUUGUCCAUGUCCGCCUUUGCUGGCCCUACGACUCUUUUCCAGGCAAGCUCCCACUCGCCAACAACGGAGAUUUCCUUCCCUCGGAUAACACUGCUCUGUUGUCACACAUGCCGACACAUCCCCUGGCGCCGCUGUAUUCGACCACGAUUCUCCGCCAUCACCCACCCUACUCGCAGCCAAGAGGAUGAGCAACCACUCAGAUGGCUCCGACUUCCUCGCCAGUGCUGAUGCGGACCAGAGCACGGUAGUGGAGGGCGGAAAUGGUCAGCGUCGCCCAAGUCCAAGCCUCGUGGACCCGCGCCCCACCAAAAGGGUGCGUUGGGGAGACGAUAGUGCACGCACACGGGUCAGCCGUGCCUGUGACAGGUGCAAGACACGAAAAACGAGGUGCUCAGGAAAGUUCCCCUGCAGCACAUGUGCACAGGCAAAGCUUGACUGUCAGUUUACUGCUGCCUAUCGCCGGGGACGCCUCCCUUCUAUUGAGCCAUCUGAGGAAACCACCGCUGCCGGGCUGCUGUACGAUGAGUCCUCCAUGGAUCCCGAUCAUGGGUGUAGACAGAACUCAGGGAUGGAGCAAGAUACAGCUGUACCAAGUGGGGUUCCUGCUGGAGCUCAGGAUGCUACGAUCACGCCAAGUAGUCCUCGCGAGCCGGUCGGUGACGGCCCCACCACCACGGACCACGGCCGUGAGGGCGCUUCGGCCAGUAAGGGGCGCGGGACUUCCGGAGAUGGGGAGACUCCCCGCCCCGACGUCACCUCCUCCCGCAACUCCCCGGAGCCGUCCCAAACAGACCAGCAGGGCCACUAUGUCGGCCCAUCAUCUGGAGUCUCCUUCUUGCUGCGUUUGCAGCGGAAAUUGCAGAUGCAGAUGCCCCUAGGGGCCUCGGACUCGUCCAUCUUCACGUUUGGGGACAUGCCCUUACCCGAUACAGACCCGACCUUCGUCAUCUUGCCACCCAAAAACGAGGCGGAGAGCAUGGUACGGCGAUAUUUUGACUUUGCCCACGCCACGCAGCGCUUCUUGCACCGUCCCACAGUUGAGGAAUGGCUGGCAGAGCUCUAUGAAACCAACGGCGCGAUGCGGGAGAGAGAUACUGCUCGGUGUCGCACUGCGCUGCUAUUCAUGGUGUUUGCUCAGUCCAUAAGCUUCCCUUCCUCGGCCAAGCUUUCAGCCCUAGCGCCGUCCGUAGCCGACAUUGAGCGCGUGUCACACACGGAAGCUGCUGUAUCCAGUGUUCGCUUCUUCUCUGCCGCCGAGCACCAGCUCACAGCCGAACGGGGUCGCAUCCGUCUAACCAGCGUCCAGGCGCGUCUCGCGCAAUGCUUGUAUCUGCUAGCGCACUCCCGGCUGAACCACUGCUGGACUCUGUUCGGCACGACAGCUCACUUGGUCAUCGCCCUGGGAAUACAUCGUAGGGCCCGCAGUGACUCAUCGGCGCUGUUGUCACAGCCCACAGACCAGGUUGAAUCCGAGUGCCGCAAGCGAACGUUCUGGUGCGCCUACAACCUCGACAUAUACCUCAGCUCGGUGCUUGGCAGGCCGCGCACAUUCCACGACGAAGACAUCGACCAGGAGCUCCCCGCCUGCGUUGACGACUCGCAGCUGUCAAGGAGGCGCAACCACCAUGCACCAAUGCCGGCGCCCAGGUACCACUCCAUAAUGACCGGUGCGGUGGCCCACCACAAGCUCUCUCGAAUCCUGGCCGGAGUCUUGCGCGACCUGUAUGGUAUCAAGCCCCCAUCCCGCUCCGAGAGACUGCGCCUCGCAGAUAAGUACACGAAGCUACUUUUCGAGUGGCGCGGACAGGUGGCCUACCUGCUCGACACGGGGGGUGACUCUUCCAUGUUUGUACCCAUCGUACUGCGGCAGCGCGAUGUCCUCAAGCUCGCCUUCUGGCAUUCCCAGAUCCUUGUGCAUCGACCAUUCCUCCUCGAAAACUUUGCCAGCCUAGCGAGUCACGGUAGCAGGCAUAGGCAGAAUAAUGCUCAGCCCGCAAUGAGGAGUGCCGAGGCCGAGGAUAACGUUAGGUUAUGUCUUGACGCUGCCACGAAUAUUGCCAGGUUGGUACACGAUAUAGACAGCGCCGACCAGCUGUACAGUACAAUGUUUUUGAUACCGUACUACGGGUUCUGCGCCGUCGUUGUUCUUUACGUCCACGCGAUCCAGCAACGAAACUCCCCGCCGGAAACGUAUCUGGCUGCGUUUAACGCGGCCACUGUUUGUCAAGACCAUCUCGCAUCCGUUGCCAUCAGAGGCACCCUGACGGAGCGCUAUGGUGUUGUGCUGCAGGAACUCCGAAACGAGGUGCUGAAGCACUGCCCCUAUCUAGCUUCGGCAGCCGCCAUGGGUCUACCAGACACGGUCGGACUGGCGAGCGGGAUGAAUGGGGCCCUAUCCCCUGCCUCGAAUGCCGCCCAGGAGAUAACUCGCAAUGGGACACUGCCUAAUUCGGGACAGGCAACGGCGCGGCGUAGGCGCAUGUCAGCCCCUUCGUAUCCGGGACAGAGAGGAGGCACAGACAUGCUACAGCCUGUGGCGAGGUUCGAUAAUAACGGCGUCGCGGGGCUUGAUCUGUCGCUCAGCGGGGCCUCGGCGUUGAAUUCCAAUCUCCAGCAGCUCUUCCAAGCCCCCAACAGCGCACACCCCGUCAGCUUUCCCUCAGAUGACAGCCCAGGUGGCAGUGGCAGCAGCCCCAUGACCCUAUUGACGGGGUGGGGUCAGUUCGAAUCUCUGGUCACUGGCGGCAUGAUGGAAAGGUUUGAUGCCUUCUUUGCAGAUUCGGCAAUCGAGAACUGGGAUAUGGCCCUGCACGGAGGUGUCGGGGCAUAAUCUUGAUGGAUCGUUUGGCUAAAGAUGACCACUUUCAUUAUCGUACGGGCAUGUGAUACCCAGUAUGAAGGAGCUUCUAAGAAGUUCCGGUUUCUUCUAGCUAAACAGUUCUCGGCCAAACAAAAUCCCGACUAUAGAAGCUCAGCCCCAACCCGUUUCGACCGCCAUGCCCGGUUCAAGACAAGCCAAUCAGACAUUGCUCUUGCCAUCAGCGGCGCGCUCGAUGUGCGCGGUUGACUCUGUCUUAUCGGGGUUAGCCGACUGUUCGGCAGCCGAAAUAUUCCGCUGCACAGGCGAGGGUGGCGUCUCGACGUUCUUCUCCAGCGGAGCGGCGACGACGUCACCAAAGCGGGCCGCAAUCUCCUCCAGUCCGAGCUGGUUGGUCUCGGGCAGGAAGAAGAAGUAGCACAGGCCGGCAAAGACGUUGCAGGCGAUGAAGACAAAGUAGAAGCGCCACGCGAUCUCCUGGAAGGCGAUGCUGGCGGCGAAGGACAGCCAGAUGGCGGUGAUGGCCUGGGAGAAGACGGAGAAGCCGACGCCGACGCCGCGCAGGUCGAGCGGGAAGAUCUCGGCCACCAGCACCCACACGACGCUGUUGAAGAAGAAGGAGUAGGCGAAGGCGAAGAGGUAGAUGAAGGCCACCCCCGCGCGGCUGCCGUCGGGGUUGCGGUCGUCGGGGAAGGCGGCCGACAGGCCCGUCAGGAUGCACAGGAUGGCCACGAGGCAGACCUCGCCCCCGAUGACGGUCGGCCGGCGCGGCCAGUGGUCCGAUAUGGUGAAGACGGACACGGCCUGCGCCACCAGGGCCAUGAAGCCGUACAGGGCCUGGAUCAGCAGCACCUGCUGCCCCUUGUACCCGAGCGCGUCGUACAUGAGCGUCUGGUAGUUCUGGAUGAUGUUUGAGCCCGAGAGCUUGGUCAUGUUGACGAUGAGGCAGCCCAGCAGCGUCCGCCGGAUGUAGCGCCGCGUGAAGAGGACGCCCCACCGCGCCGCCUUUUUGCGGUUGGCCUCGAUGGCGAUCUGCUCGUACAUCCGGGCGUACUCCUGCUCGAUGAAGUCCUCGCCGCGGUGCUCGUGGAGGUAGUGCAUCGUCUUUUUGGCGUCUUCGUAUUGUUGUUUUUGCAUCACUACCCCCUCCUGUGUGUCAGUGUUCCGUAUCUACGAUACAGUGCGGAAACAGCCCAGGUCACGUCAAAUAUGGAGGGUUGACUUACACCAGCGAGGAGAGUACGGAAGGAAAAACGUCAUGAUGGCCAGCAGCAAUGCCGGCGGCGCCUGCGUUGCCAGCGGUAUCCGCCACUGCAAGUCCCCAGUGGCGAACGAGCCGGCGUAGCCGAUCCAGCCCGCGGCGAAGAAGCCGAGCGUGUUCAUCAGGCCCUUGAGCCCGACCAGGAACGCCCUGUUCUCGGGCGGCGAGAUCUCGGACAGGUACACGGGCGCGACGGGGUAGACCAUGCCCGUGGAGAAGCCGCUGAGGGCGCGGCCCGCGAUCAUCAUGGCCGGGCCCGCCGCGGCGGCCUGCACGACGGCGCCGACGACGGAGACGGCCGAGCCGAUGAGGAGCGACCAGCGGCGCGAGCACGCGUCCAUGGUCCAGCCCGACGCCGCGGACCCGACGGCCGACCCACCGUAGUAGGCCGACACGAUGCCGCCCUGGAUGGCCGCGUUCUUCAUGGCGGCGCCGUACAUGGCGCGCUUGAAGGUCGAGUGCGCGAUGGUAGACGCGAUGAUGCCCGUGUCGAGGCCGUAGAGGAACCUGCGUGGGGGAAAAAAAAAGGCCCCCGUCAGAAAGGCACUGCCGGGAUAGGGGAUGGUAGGGAUGCCUUCUCUGUGAAAAAGCCCUCAGACAUACCCUGCCAUGCUGAUGGCCGUCGCGAUCGUGAUGGACCGGACCGAGUUGCCCAAGUGGCCUCGUUUGUCCCCCAUUGUGAUACUCAGGGGCUUUGGCCCAAGGAAAAAAAUAAAAUUCUCCUGUCUGUCCUAAUCUCAAUCUUUGUAGACGACCUAAUCUUACUAGAAUUCUCUGGCACGGGGCCCGG